UUCCAUCACACAGUGGAAUCACAACUUCAUUACACAAUUUCCAAUCAAUGGACAUUGGGAUCUUAAAAAGGAUUUAACCUACGUAAUCUGUAAAUUUUUAAAACAUGAAAGGUCAGCUGAAAUUGAGACUUAACACACAGAUUCAAGACUGGUCUCCAGAAUAUCUUUUCACCAGGAGGGGGAACGCAAGAGGCAGGAGGAGAGGCGAAAUGCUGGGAAAUUUCCCUGGCCAAUGGUGAAGUGGAAGGACCAUCAGGAAAUUACUGCCGGGUAGGAGUUCGCCCAGGGGCGCCCUAAUGCUCUAGUAGGAGGCCAUGCUCCAAGACCAGCUUUCCCUAGGCUGCGACUCUGGGUACUCAAGUGGGUCGGGGUCACAGUGCAAUGAUGCAUGACCAUCUCCAGCUUCCCGUGGGGACCCACGGCCCGGGCUGGGUCUGAACCCCCACGGCCUCCGGCUCACGCGCGAGGUGGGGCAUACACGUGGUGACCUGCCCGGGGCCGGGUUCCCGGCUUCGGCUCCUCCUCCCUCCAGCUCUCGUUCGGCUUUCUGCAGUAUCACGUGCAGCCGCGCCGGGUGCAGGAUGGCGGCGGCCGCUGCAGCGGUGGGUAUCAGGCUCCGAGACUGCUGCAGCCGGGGCGCUGUGCUCCUGCUCUUCUUUUCCCUAUCCCCUCGGCCCCCGGCCGCCGCCGCCUGGCUACUGGGCCUGCGGCCCGAGGACACCGCCGGAGGCCGCGUGUCCCUAGAGGGGGGCACCCUGCGCGCCGCCGAAGGCACCAGCUUCCUCCUGCGCGUCUAUUUCCAGCCCGGGCCCGCAGCGCCCGCGGCGCCGGUACCUGCACCCACCUUUUCCCCGGGGGAGAACAGCACCGGCGACUGGGCUCCACGGCUCGUGUUUAUCGAGGAGCCUCCGGGAGGGAGUGGCGCGGCGCCCAGCGCUGUGCCCACGCGCCCCCCGGGGCCGCAGCGCUGCCGCGAGCAGAGCGACUGGGCAUCGGACGUGGAGGUCCUGGGGCCCCUGCGCCCCGGAGGCGUGGCGGGCUCAGCCCUAGUCCAGGUGCGGGUGCGGGAACUCCGCAAGGGCGAGGCUGAGCGAGGCGGCGCGGGCGGUGGCGGGAAGCUCUUCUCCCUGUGCGCCUGGGACGGGCGCGCCUGGCACCACCACGGCGCCGCCGGCGGCUUCCUGCUGCGCGUCCGCCCGCGGUUGUACGGCCCCGGCGGGGACCUGCUGCCCCCCGCUUGGCUGCGGGCGCUUGGAGCACUCCUGCUGCUCGCCCUGUCUGCCCUGUUCAGCGGCCUACGCCUGAGCCUGCUCUCGCUGGACCCGGUGGAGUUACGGGUGCUGCGGAACAGCGGCUCGGCCGCCGAGCAGGAGCAGGCGCGCCGAGUGCAGGCCGUGCGCGGCAGGGGGACCCAUCUGCUCUGCACCCUGCUCCUGGGCCAAGCCGGAGCCAACGCGGCCCUGGCGGGCUGGCUGUACGCCUCGCUGCCGCCGGGGGUCGGGGGCACGGGGGAGGACUACGGUGACGCGGGAAUUCACUUCCCGUGGCUGCCGGCACUAGUGUGCACCGGCGCGGUGUUCCUGGGAGCCGAGAUCUGCCCCUACUCAGUGUGUUCGCGGCACGGGCUGGCCAUCGCCUCGCACAGCGUGUGCCUGACCCGGCUUCUGAUGGCGGCCGCCUUCCCCGUGUGCUACCCACUGGGCCGCCUGCUCGACUGGGCGCUGCGCCAGGAGAUCAGCACUUUCUACACGCGGGAGAAGCUGCUGGAGACGCUGCGAGCCGCGGACCCUUACAGCGACCUGGUCAAAGAGGAGCUCAACAUCAUCCAGGGCGCCCUGGAGCUGCGCACCAAAGUGGUGGAGGAGGUGCUGACCCCACUCGGGGACUGCUUCAUGCUGCGCUCCGACGCGGUGCUGGAUUUCGCUACAGUCUCCGAGAUCCUGCGCAGCGGCUACACGCGCAUCCCCGUAUACGAGGGCGACCAGCGGCACAACAUUGUGGACAUUCUGUUUGUCAAGGACUUGGCCUUCGUGGACCCCGACGACUGCACGCCGCUCCUCACCGUCACCCGCUUCUACAACCGGCCCCUGCACUGUGUCUUCAACGAUACCCGGCUGGACACAGUGCUGGAGGAAUUUAAGAAGGGAAAGUCUCACCUGGCCAUUGUCCAGCGGGUGAAUAACGAGGGAGAAGGGGACCCCUUCUAUGAGGUGAUGGGCAUCGUCACACUGGAGGACAUCAUAGAGGAGAUCAUCAAGUCAGAGAUCCUGGAUGAAACUGACCUCUACACAGACAAUCGGAAAAAGCAGAGGGUCCCACACAGGGAGAGGAAGCGGCACGACUUCUCCUUGUUUAAGCUUUCUGACUCGGAGAUGAGGGUGAAGAUCUCGCCACAGCUUCUGCUGGCCACACACCGCUUCAUGGCCACAGAAGUGGAGCCGUUUAAGUCUCUGUACCUCUCAGAGAAGAUCCUGCUUCGGCUCUUGAAACAUCCCAACGUGAUCCAGGAGCUGAAGUUUGAUGAGAAGAACAAGAAGGCCCCGGAACACUACCUCUACCAGCGCAACCGCCCCGUGGACUACUUUGUGCUGCUUCUGCAGGGUAAAGUGGAGGUGGAGGUUGGUAAGGAAGGCCUUCGCUUCGAGAACGGAGCUUUCACCUACUAUGGUGUCCCAGCCAUCAUGACCACUGCUUGCUCAGAUAACGAAGUGCGGAAGGUUGGAAGUCUGGCUGGAUCCUCUGUCUUUCUGCCCGUCUCUGUGUCUCGUACCUUCGCCUUCAGCAGAGGGGACUCUCUGGCAGGCUCCCCAGUAAACCGGUCCCCUUCCCGCUGCAGUGGGUUGAACCGCUCGGAGUCUCCGAACCGUGAGCGCAGCGACUUUGGGGGGAGCAACACCCAGCUGUGCAGCAGCAGCAACAACCUCUACACACCCGACUACUCGGUCCACAUCCUCAGCGACGUGCAGUUCGUGAAGAUCACACGGCAGCAGUACCAGAACGCGCUCACCGCCUGCCACAUGGAGAGCUCACCCCAAUCCCCCGACAUGGAGGCCUCCACGACCCGGGGCACACCCCAGACUCCCAAGGAUGACCCUGCUGCCACCCUCCUGAGCCACCGGAGCAGCCUGCCGUGCAGCCGCUCAGAUGGGCUGAGAAGCCCCGGCGAGGUCGUGUACCUGAGGAUGGAGGAGAUGGCCUUCACCCAGGAGGAAAUGACCGACUUUGAGGAGCAGAACACGCAACAGCUCUCGCUGUCUCCUGCCGCUGUGCCCGCUAGAGCAGCAUCAGAUAGUGAAUGUUGUCAUAUCAACGUGGACGCAGAGGCCAGCCCCUGCAGCAGUGACUUGGAGGAAACCAUGGGCAGGAAGUUGCUGAGAACCUUGAGUGGACGAAAAAGGAAGAGGUCACCAGAUGGAGAGAGAACCUCUGAGGAGAACUCCAACUUAACGCCUCUCAUCACAUGACAGGGCUGUUGGCGUCCACUGGGGGCGUGAGAUUCCAGAGCGCUGGGGAGAACCCAUCCUCCCAUCGUCUGCUUCUCCCCAAGGCCUCCCACUGGUGACAGAGCGUACUGCUUUCUUUACCACCUCUUCACCCCUAGCCGUCGGUGUGGCAGAUUUUCUCUCAUCGCCUCCAGUUUGACUCAGAGCCUUGCGGUGGCCGUGACGGAAGGAGGUGCCCCAGUGGAACAUGCUAGAAAUGAUCUCAUCCACAGCACAGUCUGGGACUGCAGAAGAAACGACUCCAGGCUGACAAUGCCACUCUAGGCUAACCCCUGAUGCACUUCCUGUUCCUUGGUGUCCCUUGGCACCAUAUUCAUGCUUCCCUUAGCUCAAAAGGUGCCACUGGCAGAUGAGAACAAAGGAGGCUGGGGCAGCAGGUAGGAGGGGUAGUUCGGGAGAUGCACCAAGAAUUUCUCCAGAACAUUAGAGCAGCGGGACUCAGUCAUGCUGCCGUGUGACGUUACAGGACAGAAAACUGUUGGUGACCAGUUUCCUGUUAGAAGAGGGUUCCAGCAGCCUGGGAGGUGUGUCUCGGCUGGAAUGAAAAGAAUGUGAGAUGGAACCUCAAGUCACUGUAUUUCCCAGGGACACAUCUGUUUUGGCUCCUGAUUAGUAGUCAUCAGUCCAUCAGUAAAUCUGCUCUGGAAGAGGAGGAGCAAGAAGAAGAGAAACCCAUUUGGGAGCCAGAGAUGGAACUUCAGGUUUUAAAUUUUAAAAUAUAUAUAUAUAUAUAUAUAUAUAUAUAUAUAUAUAUAUAUAUAUGGAAAAGUUUUAGCCAUGACAAACCAAAGAGUGCCCAGGUCAGCCAAGAAGGAUGCAAGCUCUCACGCGGCUUCAGUGUGUAUUACACAGGAAUAUUGAAGAAUCACUCUUCUUUUUUUGUCCAUUCCCCCGCCCCCACCCUUUUCUCCACUCCGUCAAGUCAGCUGAGUGUACUUUAUUCCGAGAAUGUACCAGAUCUCUGAAUAAAGUACCAGAGAGAGCUGGUACAUUGAACACCAUUUUCACCUGAUGUUGGGCUUCCCUUGUGGCUCAGCUGGUAAAGAUCCGCCUGCAAUGCAGGAGACCUGGGUUCGAUUCCUGGGUUGGGAAGAUCCCCUAGAGAAGGGAAAGGAUGCUCACUCCAGUAUUCUUGCCUGGAGAAUUUCAUGGACUGUGUAGUCCAUGGGGUCGCAAAGAAUCCGAUGCGACUGAGCAACUUGAACCCCGCUUCACUUCACUUGGGACAGGUGCAAUUCCAAGCAUAACCACCAGAUGGCAGGAUGACUGUACGGACCUGCUUGAAGAGUAACCUGAUCAGAAACCACAGAGCCAGCCUUACGGAAAAUGUGGAAGUGAAGGUUGUCUUUGGGACACCUGUAUCCCUUUCUGAUGUAUAUCCCACCUAUUGGGUUCCCUCGAUCAGGGAUCCAAUGAUCCAGUGCUCAUCUCAAAACCAUUCCCUAACUUUUCUCUGGGGAUGUAAUUCUCAGGCUUCCCUCAUCUUCCUCCAAAACCAUUACUCCCACCUCCCUAUACCCAUUCAAUCAAUAAUCACAUAGAGGGUGGAGAAACUGAUAAUUCCUCUGGGUUAUUUGCAUCUCAAAAGAAAAUGCUUACCCACGGGAACAUUUACCUCAGGGGUUCUUAACUUGGGGUCCGUCACUCCAGGGGGGUCCAUUGUUGGACUUAGAGGGUCUAUGAAACUCCUAACUCGGUCAGAAUUUAGUGUCUGCCUUCUUAUGUGUGUUUUCCAGAGGGCUAAAGCUUUCAUACAAUUCUCAAAGUUCUCAGACCCGCAAAGUAUUAAAAUCCACUAUUUUAACUAGUGGAACUUUCAGCCCAUAGUUUCUGCAAUGCAGAAUGAAGUGAAUACUGGGUAGUUUGAGACAGAUUUUUAGUUGUAAAUGGUCUUCCCAAGUGUCCAUCAAAUCGAUGGCGAAAGCUGGCACCCACCAAGUGGAAAUCGUCAGAAGUCCUUGGCAUACCCUAAUGUAUUGUACAGCGUACACCCACGUAACUUGGUCCCCACCAAACCCCAGCAGGUGUCUGCAAACAGGAGGGGCACAGCAUGUGGAAGUGGACCUUGCCUUUUUCAGCAGUGUAUUAUUGACUUCACAUCCUUUGCCUGGCCCUGCCUGAGGCUCAGCAGUGCAUGACUUCUCAUAAAUAACUCACAGCUACCACCUACCCCCAACACCUACCCUUGCCUGGUAAAAACGGCCAAAGUGUCAGCCCUUGGUGCUGGGUGCCUCUGACCCAAACCGGUGAAUGCUGUUUCAAACAAGGUCUGCAGUCACGCAGUCUUCUUGCCCAGCUGGCCACUGACCCAAGGGUUCCGCCUGGCUGGUCUUCCUUUCAUUACCCCUUAGGCCACCGCUGUUGCUGUACACCCGUCUCUUUGCAAAAUCCCUAAGGAGCCUGUCACCACUCCUCUCCCUUUACCCCACCCCAUCCCAAGAUUUUCUUCAGGUUAAAAAAAAAAGUUUAAAAAAAAGAGGAUUUUGAAAUAAAGUAUUUAUGAAGCCUCAAUACAUUGUAAAUAAUUUUUAAAUAAAAUAAAAAUCCUUUUCCUGGA